CAAGAAGGUCAGUGGGAGUGUAAUAGUAUUCCUAAUCUUAUAUGUCGAUGACAUAUUGUUAAUGGGUAAUGAUAUUCCCGCUCUCACUUCUGUAAAGACGUGGUUGAGCGAGAACUUCUCCAUGAAAGACUUAGGGGAUGCUAAUUAUGUCAUUGGCAUAAGAAUUUACCGAGAUAGAUCAAGAAAGUUAAUAGGUCUGAAUCAAAGUACAUAUAUAGAUAAAAUCCUUGAUCGAUUUAGCAUGUCUAACUCAAAGAAAGGAUCUUUACCUAUGACACCUGGCACGGUUCUUUCCAAGAGCCAGAGUCCUUCUACUCCCGAGCAAAAGGAACUCAUGAUGAAGGUGCAAAUGUCCAACGACCACCACUGUUACGUGGACCAAACUACAAUUUUUGGAAGGGGCGCAUGAGAGCUUUCUUAAAGUCCCAAGGUGGGAGAGUAUGGAGAAGCAUAGAAACCGGGUGGACAGAACCCACAGAGACCAACACAACACAGAAGGAGAAAAGGUGGCUAAAACCUUUGAAAAAUACUCAAAGGAAGAAGCAUCUCUGGCUGAAUGCAAUGACAGAGCUCUCAAUGCACUAUUUGGAGCAGUUGAUAGCUCACAGUAUCGACUUAUUUCCAACUGCAUUGAAGUAAAGAAGGCUUGGGAGAUCCUCGAAACAACUCACAAAGGAGAUGAACGAGUAAAAACUGCUAAACUACAGAUUCUUAUGACCAAAUAUGAGAAUUUGCGCAUGGACGGUAAAGAAAAAAUAGCAGAGUUCCAUGGAAGAGUAAGAGAACUUGCAAAUGAGGCUGAAAAUCUAAAAAGGCCCUUCACUGAAGACAACCUAGUGCUGAAGCUGAUGGGAAAUCUUGAGACCAUUGAGCUUCAAAUGAAUGAAGAAAUCAAACAGAAGAAGAGUGUCAAACAAAUUGCAUUCCACAGCCAUGCUACUGGCGGAGAAGAAGAAGAUGAUGAAGAUCCAUCAGAUGGAGAUUAUCAAGAACAUCUGUCCCUCAUCACCAAGCAGUUCAAGAAAAAUCCAAGGCCAAAGGAGAGCAGGUCACCAACUGAUGACUCCAAACGAAGAGGACCUCAAUGCUUUGAAUGUGGGGGAUUUGGACAUAUUCAAUCAAAGUGUGCAAAUAACCUCAAAAAGAAACGACAAGCUUUUGUGUCAACCUGGAGCGAUGAAGAAAAUGACUCUAAAGAAGUCCUAGGGAACAACAACUGUGCAUUCACCACUCAAAUUCAUGAUGAAGAUCCAGACAGCCUCACUAACCAACUUGUGGCACUUCAGGAAGAAUUGGACAAUCUUUGUAGAAAACUUGAUGAAACCAUGCAGCAACUGGAACAGGUUGAAGGGGAAAAGGCAAAUCUAAACUAUGAGCUUACUCAACUAAAAAGCUAUCAAAAGUGGAUGAAAAGCGCAGGUGCAGAACAGAUUGAAAACCUUGUAGACAAGUCAAGGUUUUAUGGAGACAGAACUGGCAUUGGACACACUCUACGAGAGAGCAGUAAAACACCACUUGAUUUGUUCGUAACAAGAUCAAAGAUUGCUGAUGAAGAACUGAAAGAAUACAGCAGAGACAAGAAGUGGUUUAGCCUACUCACAAUCAUGGCAAAACUACGGGCGAAAAUCUCACAAGAAGAUGAGGGUUCACCUUCGUUGAACCUAAAUCCAGAAAUUGAGAUUGCCAUAGGGCAGGAAGAAGUUCAAAGGGAACUUGAAGAUGGAGGACCUCUAAACGAAGAGCAAGAUGAAGCACCACUCUUCCCAGAUCUUCCCACCAUCAUGUUGUUGGAAUACAAACCAUCAGUACCCCUUGAGGAACAGCCCCAGGUUGCAGAAGUAGAUGAAGAAUUCCAAACCCUGCUGGAUGAAGAACCAAUGGUCGCAGUCUCUGAAGUGCCAUUCAAGAAGACUGAAAAUCAAGAUCGGAAGUCCUCAACCUCUAUCUGUGUCACUACUACUGCUAAAUCUUACUUGCCUGCAAUCAUGAAGAAGAACAUUUUGCCCCAACGAAACAUUGAAUUGGAAGAUUUUGCUCUAAAAACCACACCUAUCCCUCUGUUAGAUGCUAGGAACUUGUUGAAAUCAGUCACCCUCCCUGGUUCCUAUGUCAAACAAGUCAUCCAUGAGUUUUAUUGCAAUUUGAGUGAGGAUUUUGUGAACCGUGUUGCUACAUCAUUGGAAAAAGUAUUUGUCAGAGGAAAACUGUACACUUUUUCAUCCACAUCUGUUAACAAAUUCUUGGGGUUAGAUGAUGAUCAGGAUGCAUUGGUUAGUGAAGUCACUAUGUGGAAGGAACUCACUCAUGGAACCAUAAAAGGCCAACACCCCUCCAACAAAGUUCCGUUAUCCAUCCUGAAUAGCUCUUACUCCAUUUUGCUUCGAGUUGCUGCGUGUCACUUGCUAGCCACCUCCCAUACCAACACAGUAACAAAAGCCAUGGGCAUGCUUCUAUACAAGAUCAAAAACAAUGUUCCUGUUAACCUUGGGAAGCUGAUAGUUGCCCAAAUUUCUGAGUUUGGGAAACACAACUAUAAGAACAAUGAUAAUGGCGUACUGAAGUAUCAGGAACACAAGCUGAAGCAAAACAAGGAAGCACUUCUCCUGGUGGACCAACAGAGGAGAGCCCUUGAAGAAGAGCGCCGGAGCCUCAUAUGGUUGCAAGAACAUACUGCACAAAGUGCUCAAGAAGAAGGUACAUCAUCUUAGGGGGAGAGUACAAAGGAGGAGGGAGAUACUGCUAUAGAUUACUCAGCCUCAGUGGCAAUCUCUCUAUAAACUCUUUACAUUUUC